AUGCAUGUCGUUGGUGACCAUCAACAAACAGCACAAACACAUGCCAUGGAAGGAAACAACAUGUUAGUAAUGCAACAACAUGCACCAAUGUUGCAACAUGCAAGUGACAUGUCUUUGAUGCAUCAUCCUGACAUGCAUGAAUGUGAUUCGAACAGUAAUGCAUCACAUGCAACUAGUAUUUCUUCUCAACAUGGACUCAAUAGAAAACAGCAGCAUGGAAAAACACCAAUGAAAUUUGUAGAUGAAACAGUGAAUGUAAGGAAGAAAAUCAAAAAGAAACAAGACGAAAGCUGUUUUAAACGAUCAAAAUUGAGAAAAUCACUCAGUAACGAAACAUUCUUGGAAAAUUACUUUGAAUAUGAUAAUAUCAAUGGAACUAAUCAAUUGAAAAAAUUCAAAUUAAUUGAAUGUUCCCAGAGCAAAAUUGUUACAUCUGAAAUAAUCCCAAAUUCUAAUGUACAUUCAAUGCAUGUCAAGACAUCUGAAAGCAAAACACUUGAUGAUGGUUCUACUUCUCACCAUGUUGGAUGUUCUCAAGCUCAUGCACCUGUUAGCAACUCAAAUGUAUUGGAAAGUGAGCAAAAUAACGAGUCAAAUGAUAACACUAAUCUUCUCUUAGCACUGCUUUAUGUACUGACCGCAGAUUCUCAAACUCAAAAUGUCUCAAUUUGA